ACCUGAUCCGCAGCAUCCGCGACCCCGAGAAGCCAAACACGCUGGAGGAGCUGGAGGUGGUGACUGAGAGCUGUGUGGAGGUGCAGGAGAUCGGGGAGGAGGAGUACCUGGUCACCAUCAGGUUCACACCGACAGUACCUCACUGCUCCCUGGCUACCCUCAUUGGCCUUUGCUUAAGAGUAAAACUUCAGAGGUGUUUGCCUUUCAGACAUAAGCUGGAAAUCUACAUAUCUGAGGGUACACAUUCCACGGAGGAGGACAUCAACAAGCAGAUCAAUGACAAGGAGAGAGUUGCAGCUGCCAUGGAGAACCCCAACCUGCGAGAGAUCGUGGAGCAGUGUGUCACAGAGCCUGACUAG